AUGGCAAAAUACUUCGGAUUGCGUGGCUCACGGCUGAAUGCCGCCUUGAUCUGGGCUGUGAUUAUGCCUGCGUACAUACUAUUUGGCUUCAACAACGGCGUCGGUGGGAGUCUCGUGGACUUGCCCAGCUGGGUCUCAGUGUUCCCUCGCAUCGACACCGUCAACACCACCGGCUCCAAGAAGACCGAGAACAGUCGAGUUCAGGGCACGGUCAUAGCCUUGUACACUCUCGGAGCCCUCUUUGGCGCUCUUUCUUGCAUUGUCCUGGGCGACAAGCUCGGACGUAAGAGAACCAUCAUGCUGGGGGCGCUGGUCCACACGGCUGGCGCCAUUAUACAGUCUUCGUCCUACUCCCUUGGUCAAUUGAUUGUCGGGCGGCUCGUCUCGGGUCUCGGAUUCGGAGCGUUGACUGCCACGGCACCCAACUGGCAGAGCGAAUGUUCCAGCGCGGAGCACCGUGGUUCCGUCGUCUUACUCGAAUCCGUCUUCAUCAGCUUUGGCCUUGCUCUCCAGGGAUGGAUCGGGUAUGGCAUUUCUCAUGCCUCUGGAAGCGUUGCGUGGCGCUUUCCGCUGGCGCUGACAGGCCUGUUCUCCAUCAUUGUCGUUGGAACGAUGUCGCAAAUGCCUGAAUCGCCACGGUGGCUCGUCAAAAAAGGAAGACUUGAGGAGGCGAAACAGGUUCUUGCCGCCUUGGAAGAUCUCCCUACGGAUUCGAACAAGAUCGAAACCGAUGUGAUGCGCAUCGAGGAGUCCCUGCGUGUCACGGGCCAAGGUCGCUUCCGAGACAUCUUCAGAAACGGCGAAGAACGUCUGUUUCAUCGGGCGUGCCUCGCAGCUGCGGGCCAGGUAUUUCAGCAAAUGUGCGGCAUCAACGCCCUGGCAUUUUAUCUGCCGACGCUGUACAGUCAGUACCUGAAGCUUCCAGCAAAAGACUCGCAGAUUCUCGCUGCGUCUGUCUUCUCCUUCCAAACUCUUUGUUCGCCCAUCGGCGUUCUGACGGUCGACCGAUUUGGCCGACGCAAACUGAUGAUAUUUGCGGCGAUUGGCAUGGGAUGCUGUCUGGUCAUCAUGACCGGCACCGUGUCCGAUCCAACAAACCGGGGGUCACAAAUUGUGGCGGCACUGAUGAUCUUUUUAUUCGGGCUGUUUUUCCCAACAGGCUUCUUGGGUCUCACCUUCCUAUAUGCAAGCGAGAUUGCUCCUCUCAGCGUUCGCGUGCCAAUCACCAGUAUCUCGACGGGUACAGCGUGGGCUUUCAACUUCCUUGUCGCCGAGAUCACCCCGGUGGGAUUCGCAACUCUCAACUACCGCUACUUCAUCAUCUACGCCUGUAUUAACUUGGUGCUGAUAUUGCCAUCUGUCUAUUUUUUCUGGCCGGAGACGGCGGGCAAGUCGUUGGAGGAAGUGGACGAUAUCUUUAUACAGAGCCACAGCAUUUUUGACCCGGUCCGAGUGGCGAAGAACAUGCAACAGCGACGGCCUGAGCCGGUGCCUCUGGCGGUUGAGGAAGGCAAAGGACCGGGACAGACCACUGUGGUUGAGAGUGAGAAGAGUGGCAAUGUUCACAGCGAGUAG